AUGGACAAUCUAAUGUUCCUCAAGAUCCCCAAACUGUUGGUGGUGGCUUUACUGGCAAUCUGGCCCACAAUCCACACAUGUCCUCCGCAACCGGGUGGAGGGAUCGGCGGCUUUAUCUCCAGUCAAGAUCCUGGUAAGUUGCCAGACAGAGCCAUUUUAUACGAUGAAACAUGUCUCGUGUGAAAAAACAUGUUUCAUCGUAUGAAAUGUCGCCGAAUAGAGUAUAUUGGCUCUUAACCUGCGUGAGAGCCCUCUUCGACCUUGAUUUCGCUCGCCAAAAAACUGGAUAUCGAAUACAAUGAAGGAGGAGAAUCGGGGCGAAUUUUUUCGAAUUGUCCGCAGGGGAAAUUACCCUUUCACGCGCGCCUCCUCUUCUGGACCGACCUUGACGUGAGGUACGAAGACGUCAGGUGCAAUAAUCUCUUUGGGAUGACCUUUAAUUACUUCACUCGCAGGAAAAGUGUCAAAAAAUAGAAAAAAGUUGCAAAAAGAAUUAAAAAUCAAAAACUAAUCUCAAAGGAAAAUUUUGACAGUAUUAUUGUUGCACAUAUUACCUAAAAACUAUGUAAAUUCAAGUCCUAUAUGGGUUUACAAAAAUUCUUUACAUUUUGUUCAAGCGGGAUCGAACCUGCGACUUCUGGAAGCAAGUUCACUACCGGCUGCGCCAUAGGAAAACAGUGUCCCUUUUGGCUCGAAAUUACAUCCCAAUUACUUUUUGGCUUCCGUACCACUUAUAUUUUAUUGACAGCUUCAUUUUCGACUAAUUAUUUUUCUUAUUUUAGCCCACGUGAAUGCCCGAUGUUCCGACCUAAUAUUGUACCCGGUAAACGCCGUUGAUCAGUCAGAUCAGUAUCGGUAAGCGGUUUCAGAACUUCACAGAGAAUUUUGGAGUUACUAGAGACCCAAAAUCUUGGAAUAAAGUGAUUUACAGUGACGGACCCGGUCCAGUGGCAAAAACGGACCAUUUUGGAUCCGGAAGCAUCAAAAAUGUGGCAAAAUGCUUCCCUCUCCAAGUGAAAAAACUUCGUUUUGAAGGGCUCCCUCACAAAAAGAGUGGGUGCGCUUUUGAAAUCGGAGUUUUUUUCCCUUAGAGAGGGAAGCAUUUUGCCACAUUUUUGAUACUUCCCGGAUGAAAAAUGGUAUGUUUUUUGCCACUGGAUCAGGUCCGUCACUGUAAAUCAUUUUAUUCUAACAUUUUGUAUGAAAUAAUUUUAGCUUCGACUAUUCCGAUGUGGCCUUUGGAAACACCCACGCCCAAGGCGCGACGGUCGCCAUCACGUGCACAGCAAACGGACAGCCCGCAACGGUGGAAGGUUUCGAUCAGGUAAGCUUUUAUGGCAUUUGAUCUACUGGUUUUUACUUUUUCAUCUUAUUCAUGACAUUAGUACCCCUCCAUUUUAAACCUCUUUUCGAAAUGAUUUCAUAUUUUUUUGCCAAUAACUGAUACAGUUGGAGUUAUUGGUCACUUUUUCGGUUAUUUUUUCUUCCCUUCCCGCUCGGUUCUUGUGCUAUAUAACAACAAAGGAAGUUACUAUAACAACGAGUGACCACGAUUUUUUUUUGGGCUUUGCGAAUACUUUUAGAGACUAAAAUAGUAAAAGUGACCAUAACAACUCAUAUCGUUGGUGUUUUUUUAUGUUUCGCAAUAAAAAUCGCUAUGGCGACACUUUAUACGAAGAAAGUGUUUCGGAAUUUCGAACCGAACUUUUCGUGUAAAAAGUUGUUGUGAAAAGCAAAAUAACACUUUUUGAGCAAAUUGAAACCUAUAUAUGCACCAUCAAACAAAAAUUUUUCGUAAAGAGACAUUUUAUACGAUAAAAAAGCUUUGUGAUUGCAUGAGCAUAAUUGAUCGUAUAAAAUGUCACACAGAUUAGAAACUGCUUUUACAUAGCGUACUUUUUACUUAUGGCACAUCUACAUACUUGUAUUUUAUAUUUUAGCCCAAUUUUAUACGAUCAAAAGUAUUUUUAAAAGCAAAAAAUUUUUCAUCGUAUAAAACGUCCACUUUCAAAUUUUCGACAAAUACUUCUAAUAUUCGCUAAAUUUCAGUCCCGAUCGUCCAUUCAGUCCUCGCCCAGUUUGCUGGCCAUGUGCACGAACGUUGGCGGGAGUCAAUACACUUGGACAGUUCUGGGCCGGAUCCUUCAAUUCGUCGAUUGUCGCUACUAA